UCCGUUUGGAUGCACUCCAAAUGGAAAUAUAUCCAGAUCACGGUACCAUUCACAAAUACUUCCAUUUGGAUGCAUGGCGCCACUUCGAACUUUGCAAUCGUACGGAACGGGAAUAAAUAAUAUUAUGGAUAACAAUACUUUACUGGUGGCAGCAGCUGUGUGUAUUUUAUUAAAAAAACCUAAGAGAAAGUGAAUGAAGGAUUGGUUGAAACAAAGAAAUACUUUUACACAUACCAACUUAUUGUCUGAAUUGUCUCUAGAGCCCACUGAUUGGAGAAACUUCUUAAGAAUGGACGAACAGACGUAUUUCAAAUUACUUGGACUUGUGACGCCAAUAAUAAAAAAAAAUGAUACUAAUAUGAGGCAAGCCAUAACUGCUCACGAAAGGCUAUGUGCUACACUUCGUUUUUUAGCCUCAGGAACGACAUAUGAAAAUCUGAAAUUUGAAACUGCAAUUUCUGCACAGUGCCUGGGAACUAUUAUUCCAGAAACUUGCAAGGCAAUCAUAACGGUUUUGAAGAGUUAUAUGAAGGUAAAUACUGAAGAAGAAUGGAGGAAAAUCGCAAAGGACUUUGAAGAAAGAUGGCAGUUUCCUAAUUGUUUAGGGGCUAUAGACGGAAAGCAUAUAAGGAUAAUACCACCUCCAGGUAGUGGUUCCUAUUUUUGGAAUUACAAGAAUUUCAAUAGCAUUGUGCUAAUGGCUUGUGCAAAUGCCAACUAUGAAUUUAUAUGGUGUGAAGUUGGUACAAAUGGUCGAGUUUCAGAUGGAGGAGCCAUACAGAAUACAAUUUUUUUAUGAAAAAUUACUGAGAAAGGAACUUAACAUCCCCAAUGAUGACAGGUGUCAAAACAGCCACACUAAACUACCUUUUGUAUUUGUGGGGGAUGAAGCUUUUGCUCUACGAAGUGAUUUUAUGAAGCCAUUUAUUUAGCAGAGCAGCUCUGACAAAAGAAAGAAAAAUUUUCAAUUAUAGGUUGUCAAGAGCUAGGCGAAUAAUAGAAAAUGUAUUCGGUAUUAUGUCAAACCGUUUUAGAAUCUUUCAUACUGCUAUAAACUUACGUUUAGACAGAAUAGACCUAGUUGUUUUAACUUGCUGUCUCCUUCACAAUUUUCUUAGAAAAUCUAGCUCCCCUUAUUCAAUGGAUAAUGUAUUCGAUAUUGACAUCAAUACUAAUGAUUCAACUUCUGCAAUCGGUUUUACUUCAUUAAAUAUUACAAAUAGGAAUGCCAGCAGUAAUGCAAAAAAUGUAAGGGAAGCCUUUGUUUUAAUGAAGAAAGUAGUGUCAGUUGGCAAGAUGAUAAAAUAGUAUAACAUAUGCAUGUACCUCAGCACU